AUCGUGUAUGUAGGUGCAUGUCAUUGUUCAGAAGGAAAAAUUAUAGUUUAAUCUAAAAUGUCAUCUCCUACACAAGUGAUUUGUUCAAUAAUAAAACAAUGUCAUUAAAAUAAAAAAGAUACGUCAUUAAAUGGAACUUAACCCAUUCGAAGAUUAUGACACAUCGUGUGCGUUUAACAUUAUCUGUUAAAUACAAGCGAUGACGCACUAUGUAUGUUUCGGAAACAAAUUGAUAUGGUCGGUAUUUGAAAAGCUAAUUAGCGAGGGUAGUAUCGUACAAAAAUAAAAUAAUAGAAAAGGUAUGUACAAAUUGAAAUUGAUAUUAGCUUAAUGUAAAAAGUACGUAACGUAUAACCAGGCACUUGAAUGGGUUAAAAAGAUUAACAUCAACGUUUCGGUUAAAGAAGUGUUAGUCAUGUUCACGGCCGUUCAUUCCAUUCCAAUUUUAUGUUUUGUCUGUUCCAGUUAAAAAGUGUUGGCCCAAAGCUAGUCCCAUUCUUUAAAAGCGUAUCUGUAUAUUUUAUAUUAUUGGCCGAGCAGCCAUCCUUACUGACGGCAUGUUUCAAGUGUUUGCCAAUUAUAAGUCUUAUCGUCUUUGUUCUGCUACAUGGAAUUAGUUUAUCGCAGGAAUAUACCUUCUCCAGACGAAUAUUGACGGGGUUGAUAUUCAGUUGCAUAGGAGAUGCACUGUUGGUUUGGCCCAGUUGUUUUACGCUGGGGAUGUGCAUGUUCGCUCUAGCUCAAAUUAUGUACAUCAGUGCAUUCGGUUUUAUACCGCUUAACAUAAUGUUAGGUACAAUUUUAUACGCGAUGUGUUCGCUAGUCAUAUACGCUCUAAUGCCUGGUCUGAAUGGAAUUCUGGUUAUUGGAGUUCCGGUUUACACGGUGCUAUUAACCACCAUGGCGUGGAGGGCAAUUUCUAGAGUACAAUUUUACAAAGAGUUAUGGACGUGGACUAAAUUAUGCAGCUGUAUCGGUAGUAUAUGUUUCCUCAUAUCUGAUACCUUACUCGGAUUUCACUAUUUUCAUACUCCACUACCUUAUUCUCAGGUUUCUAUAAUGUUAACAUAUUAUGCAGCUCAGUUGGGAAUAGCUUUGAGCGCAGUUGGUUCUAAAAAUAGCAACAAUAAUAAUAAUAAUGUUAGCAAUGAUAAAAAUGACGCAGCCGUAGUGAAGGGUUAAGAAAAUUUCGUCUUCUAUUUAUAGGCUAUAAAUAUAAAUUAUA